UCUCUCUUUUUCAGUCGCACUGUUGAUCAGUUAAUUCAAGAGUCGGGUUGCUCUCUGGAGCAUCAUGCUGCUUCCAAGUUCCGUUCACAUGUAAUGAAUGGAGAAUGGGAUAAGGCUGAGUUGGACCUCAAUGAACUCAAAGGGUUAGUGGACAGCCAACAAGGGUCACUGAAAAUGAAGUUUUUAAUCUUGGAGCAGAAAUACCUUGAAUACUUAGAAGAUGGAAGUGUACUAGAUGCCUUACAUGUGCUGAGGAAUGAACUCACACCACUUAAAUUUAACACAGAACGAGUGCAUGAAUUGAGCUCGUUUAUGAUGUGUAACAACCCUGAAGAUCUGAGAGAGAUGGCAGAUUGGGAGGGGAAGUCACCAGAAGCAAGACAGAAGCUCAUGGAAAGGUUACAGUCAUUCCUGCCCCCAACUGUAAUGCUGCCACCACGUCGUCUUCAAACUUUGCUCAACCAAGCUAUAGAACUCCAGAAAGAGAACUGUCCAUAUCACAACACUAAGUAUGACAAUGAUCUGGAAGCAGUCUCCCUACUCAUGGAUCAUAUAUGUAGCAAGGAAGACUUCCCUUGCGCCACAUUGCAAAUACUAAAUGACCAUUGUGAUGAGGUGUGGUACUGUAAGUUCUCCCCUUGUGGAACAAAACUGGCCACAGGCUCCAAAGAUGGAACACUCAUCAUAUGGGACAUAAAUAAAGAAACACACGAAUUAAGGCAUAGGCGGACAUUUGAUGGACAUGCAUAUGGUGUGGCCUGUAUAGCCUGGAGCCCAGACAGCAUGUAUAUAGUGGCUUGUGGGCCUGAGGACUGCUCUGAACUCUGGCUCUGGAAUGUAGAGACAGGAGAUUUGCGGGUGAAGAUGAGUCAAUCCCCAGAAGACAGUUUGACUUGUGCAUCAUUUCAUGCUGAUGGGAAGAGGUUUAUCACUGGAGGGACAAGAGGCCAGUUUUAUCAAUGUGAUUUAGAUGGCAAUGUGCUGGACUCCUGGGAGGGGGUCAGGGUGCAGGGCUUACAGUGUCAGAAAGAUCACAAAGUAGUCCUAGCUUCAGAUACACACCACAGAAUUAGAGGAUAUAACUUUGAUGAAUUAACAGACUUCCAAGUAAUCCAAGAAGACCAUCCUAUCAUGUCUUUCACAAUAGCAGAUGAUGGACGGAGGACACUUCUUAAUGUUGCAACUCAGGGAGUGCAUUUAUGGGAUCUGAAGGACAAAUGUUUACUUCGCAAGUUCCAAGGCAUAACGCAAGGUUUCUACUCCAUCCACUCCUGUUUUGGAGGACUGAAUCAAGAUUUUAUUGCCAGUGGAAGUGAAGAUCACAAGGUAUAUAUCUGGCACACCAAACGUGAGGUGCCCAUCUGUGUAUUAGAAGGUCAUACUCGCACAGUGAACUGUGUACAUUGGAAUCCCAAGUUACCCAGCAUGCUGGCCAGUGCAUCUGAUGAUGGAACUGUAAGGAUAUGGGGGCCACAAAAAUAUUGUAAGCAAGAGGCCAAUGGCUGCCAAUCUGGUCGCAGCACACCAGUAUAGUAGCCAAGAAGAAGCUGUGUUUGUGACUUGGUUAUAAAUCUAUGGAUAGCAGGCAACAUUUUCAGCCGUGGUAUAAAACAGCAAGGUUUUGAAAGUACCAGUGGAAAAAAUUGUACUGUUACCAGUUUGGAGUGAAGUACAAGGAUGUGGAAAAUGACAAAGGAGACUUGUUUGCAGUUUUUGCAAGAAAGUGCGUGCGUGCGUGUGUGUGCUUGUGACCCACUGAACAUGUGACACUUGGAAUGAGUUUAGAAUUCAUGUUAUAUGAAUUACGAUAGGUGCUGAUGUCAAUAGAACCUCCCUUCAGGAAAAACAAUAUUUCAACCUGGUCCAACAUGAACAACUUGUAUGUGCUAGCCAAGGGUGCAUAUAUAGAUGAGGGGAGGGCCUCUGUAAGAAUGAAGGGAAACUUGGUAAAAACAAAUGGUGGCUUUGUAGAAGCCAGAAGGUGGAAAGAAUGGUCUGACCAAUUACAGUUUGGUAAUUAAUUUUAAGAAAUGUGAAAUUGUACUCUCUGUAGUUUUCAAGAAACUGUUAAGUACCUAGCAAUGGCGCAACAUGAAAUGAUAGUUGGAUGAAAACAUAUUGGUUAUUUGUGUGCAUUUGGAGGAUCUCCCUCAAGAUGCUGUAGAACUUUUUAAUAUGAAGUGAUAGGUAAACUGCAUAGAUUUUAAGGCAUAUAGACAUGUUAUACUCCAACAUGUAUCAGAACUCUGCUUAUUUUAUUUUGAUUGAAAAUAAAAGAAAAUUAUUUAGCAAGACGGAAUGCAAUCAAUUUCCUCUCUUAUUUAUUGGUGAAAAAAUACAUUUUUUUCAUAAACAAUGAUGUUACUUUCAUAUUUUUUCAACUUUCUCUGAUUGUGUUUGAAAAUUCUGGUGAUAUUUCACUUUUCUUAGCUGUAACUUGCGAUUUUUCAUGUACUAUUGCUUAUUAAGUUUGUUUGCCACCAGACAUGCCACCUGUAUCAAUGUAUUUACCUCUUUGUUUAUUAGUUCAAUUUUAAUCUGAUUUAUUAUAAAUAUGUGCAUUUUUUUAAAUAAUAUUAAUUGUAAUAUUUUAUUAAACCAAAAUUGCACUUAUUGUCUGAUGGAAAGAAUUGGCAUUUUACUAAUGUCAAAUGGUUCAAUAUUUAUUUGAAAUAAUUCUGAAUGAUUUACUGUAAGAAAUGAGACAGAAAAAGCAAGUAGUGUAACAGUUAUGUUUAUUUUUCUGUACUUACAAUGAUAGAGGAUAAAAUGAUUAAGAGAAUGUGACAGUGAUUAUUUUCAGCCAAAUGCAUUACUUUCAAUGUUAUUAAUAGUAUUAUAUUUAAAUGCAGUGCUAACUGAAUCCCCCCCCUCCCCCAAGUAAUAGAAUGACUGUUCAAUGGUACUAAUAGUUGGCAAGUUUUACUGUCCUGUGUUUGUAAAAAAUAGGCAUAAAAUAAUAAAGAAAUAGAACUAGACAUGCUUAGAAUUAUUACAAAGAUGCCAAUUCAACAGUUUUCAUACUAUGCCAACUUAGAUCAGCAUAAAGGAGCCUUGGAUGUUGAAUGUCAUGGCCAUGUCACAGAGGAAUAUAUUUACAAUCUCUACUUUCGAAGCAAGUGCAUUUCUUAAACUGAGUGAAGAUCCUUAUAUACACUAAGUUUGUAGUCUGAUAUGUGAUUUAUUGGCCUAAAAUAAGAAAUAUGCCAACAUGAGUAAAUUCAAGAGGUCGAAUAGGAAGCAGUUGCCUAGUUUCUCCUUAUGCAUCAUCUUUUAUUUUCAAAUACUGAUUGCAUGGUUUCAGGUUUUGUCAUUUUAGGUAGGGUUGUCCAUUUGUAGUCAUACAUUUCUCUAGUCUUUUAUAAUGUGUGAUUGAAAAACAGUCUUACCACCUAAAAUCUUUUAUAUUGUACGGUACAUUUAGAACAUAGUUUAUCAGGAAUUGAUAAAAAUCAAGAGUUGUAUAACCAAAAAAGAUUUGAUUCUUGUGAUUGCUAAAAGCAUAAUUUUGUCUUUAAAAUAAGUGAAAAUGCUUUUGUUAUCAAAUUUUAAAUUGGCUUCAUUAUGAGUCUUCACAAAACCUGUAUAUCCAGACAAAGAAAUAAAAUUCUUCUAAUUA